AUGCUGUCCUGCCGCCUCCAGUGCGCGCUGGCCGCGGUCUCCAUCAUCCUGGCCCUGGACGGUGUCACUGGCGCGCCCUCGUUUCCCUUCUCUUCAUCAUUCUCUUCCUCUUCUCUUUCCCUCUCCUGCCCCACACAGGAACUGUUAAACAACUUCUCCGCAGGACUGAAUUGUAGACCUAAGACGACAAAAAAUGUUACCCUGGAACCUGAAGAUUUGUCCCAGGAUGCUGAGCAGGACGAGAAGAGGCUGGAACUACAGAGAUCUGCAAACUCAAACCCGACCACGGCACCCCCAAAACGCAAAGCAGGCUGCAAGAAUUUCUUCUGGAAGACUUUAACAUCCUGUUAG